AUGGUUUUGUCAUGGCAGCUUCCUUUUUUUGCCAUUACGCUCGCAUUGCUGCUGGCGCCUGCUGCGGCGGGGCGGCCCAGCAAGGAGGAGCUGAUCGCGGAGGUGAAGAGCGUUCGGACCUCGCUUGACGACCCCGAAAUCAGUAGCCAAUAUCGGGCCAGCGCCAUGUUUCUUGACACUCUCAUCCCUCAACUGGAGACGAAUUGGAACCCAACGGACGACUUCCUCGCCUCAGCGAACGGCAAAACCGUUCUGCUGCCUGACGACAACGCAAUCGCGUCCGCGGCCCCUGAUGCCCUCGCCGACUUGAUGAAUCCGAGUCUGAAGCGCCAGGAGGUUCGCCACUAUGCUUCGAUGAUUCGGGCUAAUCUGCUUGACGGGGUCUACGACGAGGAUGCCAUCAAUAAGGCCAAGGUGUUGAAGGACGGGAACGGUCGCAAGGUGUUUAAGGCACUGGGGUUGGACCGCAUUACCAAGAAGUGGAAGCCCUUUAUUGGAAAGAAGAAGGCAAAAAUUAAGCGUUCCAAGCUGUUUAAGGGGAAACUUUUCAUUAUCCAUGUCGUCGAGCUCCCCUCCCAUCGUCGCGCCUCGCGCCUCCUCUCCUUUCAUCGCGCCUCCCCGAGUGAAGCCUCCCUCCCCCUCGCAGCACCCGCGCGCCUCCCCUCCUCGCGAUUCUUCCUCCUUUCGUCGGGCCUCCCCUCAUCACGCCUCCCCGCGUCACGCCUCCGCUCCCCUCAUCACGCUUCCCCGCGUCACGCCUACCUCCCCAGUCCUUCACUCACCUGCCCAUCCCUUGCAUUCCAUUUCCUGCCCUUGCAUUCCCGCUUUGUUACCUUCCCUCGCCAUCCCUCCAUGGCUGUGAGCGAAAUUAAACAAAACUUCCCCCCACAUCCCCUCUCCCCUCCAUUUCUAACCCAACUCUCUAACGCCGCUUCCCCUCAUCUCUCCACCUGCUUCCCCUCAUUUUUCCACCUGCUUCCCCUCAUUUUUCCACCUGCUUCCCCUCAUUUCUCCACCUGUUUCCCCUCAUUUCCCCACCUGCUAGCCAUCGUUUCCCCACCUGCUAGCCUCGUUUCCCCACCUGCUUUCCCUCGUUUCCCCACCUGCUUCCCCUUAUUUCCCCACAUUUUUCCCCUUAUUUCCCCACCUGCUUUCCUCGUUUUCCCACCUGCUUCCCUCGUUUCCCCACCUGCUUCCCCUCAUUUCCCCACCUGCUUCCCCUCAUAUUUCCACCUGCUUCCCCUCGUUUCCCCUCCUUACCCACCUGCUUCCCCUUGUUUCCCCACCUGCUUCCCCUCGUUUCCCCACCUGUUUCCCAUCAUUUCUGCACCCCCCUCAUUUCAUUGCCUGCUUCCCUCAUUUCCCCAUCUGCUUCCCUUCAGUUCCCCACAUUCUUCCCCUCAUUUCUCUACCCGCUUCGCCUCAUUUCUCCACCUGCUUCCCCUCAUUUCUACACCUGCUUCCCCUCCUUACCCACCUGCUUCCCCUCGUUUCCCCACCUGCUUCCCCUCGUUUCCCCACCUGUUUCCCAUCAAUUCUGCACCCUCCUCAUUUCAUACCUGCUUCCCUCAUUUCCCCAUCUGCUUCCCUUCAGUUCCCCACAUUCUUCCCCUCAUUUCUCUACCCGCUUCCCCUCAUUUCUCCACCUGCUUCCCCUCGUUUCCCCACCUGCUUCCCCUCGUUUCCCCACCUGGUUCCCCUCGUUUCCCCACGUGCUUCUCAUCGUUUCCCCACCUUCUUCUCCUCGUUUCCCCACCUGCUUCCCCUAAAUUCCCCACCUUCUUCCCCUCAGUUUACCCCCUCUUUGCGCUCGCUUCACCCCCUCCUUGCACUCACUUUACCCCCUCCUUGCACUCACUUUACCCCCUCCUUGCACUCACUUUACCCCCUCCUUGCACUCACUUUACCCCCUCCUUGCGCUCACUUUACCCCCUCCUUGCACUCACUUUACCCCCUCCUUGCACUCACUUUACCCACUCCUUACACUCACUUUACCCCCUCCUUGCACUCACUUUACCCCCUCCUUGCACUCACUUUACCCCCUCCUUGCUCUCAGUUUCCCCCAUUCAUGUGCUUCAUCACUCCCUUGCGUACCCUCCCUUCCCUCUGUUUCCAAAUUCCUGUCCGGGCUUUUACCAUCUGCCCGCUCCAUCCUCGUCCAAAUUCCUCCCGUUCCUCUCUCCCAUCGUCCCUGUCUCUCUUUUCCGCGUUUCCCCCCCCCCCUCUCCCCUCUUGUUGGGGAAUUGCUAA